AUGGAAGUACCUGCAGGACUCGAGCAAAGUGAACUGCAGCAAUGUUCAACGCUCGAGACAUGCUUCGUGGACAUCCCUAACUUUUUAGAUACAAAUUCUGACCAGUGCACUGAGAGAAUAGGAGGAGAUACUGACUGCUCAGAAGGACCUGCUGGUUACAGCCAGUCUUGUGAAGCAACCAAUACCUUCGACGUGAGCAACUUCCUGGAGCUAGACUUUGCGUUCGAGAAACCAAUUGGCUCAGCGCUGGAGAGGCGAAGCUCGGGGCAAUCAAAGACUGGAAAGGAAGACAGAAGCAUGGUCAACCUGCUCGGGGUUUCGUCUAGUCAGGAAUGUCGUGCUUGCGUGCCGAAUCGUCUGAGCGAAGAAUCCACGCAGUCAGUUGGUGGCAUGCAAACGCCUUUUAAGCUUGGCUACUACAAAUCAGAAGCAGACCUCUUUCCGGACUUUGCUAAGAAGAAGGAGGCGAUGCUCUUCGUUCCAUUAACAGGGAGCUCAGCUGAUCGCAGCGGGAAGCGGAAGCAUAUUGCAGUCGAUCGUGAGAUGCCUACCAUUACUGAGCUGGGUCAGGAACAAGAUUUCAAUGCCCUCGCACCAGCAGCAAUCAAGAAACUCAGAGUUGACAUGGGAGUGGAUACCAGCGAAGACAAGCACGGAAGCACAACUGACUCACCUCGAGCAGCACGGUCGAAGCGCAGGAAGAAGUCCACAGAAUCCAUCGACCAUUCGGCAGAUGUGAAGUCUGAGUUGAGGAAAAGGGAGGCCGAUAGUGUGAUCAAUCUUGGCACGCCGGAUUCUGUCGUCUCAGACCUUCCCAUCAUUGGAAUAAAAAGAAAAGCGCAAGCACGUGAGGAGGAUGGAGGGGGAAGGGAAGAAGCUCAGACCGAUGGGAUUGUGCUGAUGCCUAGCUCUCCAAACCUGCCCCGAAGGAAGGCUUCCCGUGUGCUGAAGCUUACCGCGUCUGCGAAGAAAACGGCAAAUAAGCUCUCUUUGGAGAAGGAACCAGAAGCAGAGAUCUACUCCAGAAAGAGAGCAUCAGCUAGGCUGGUUUCAGAGGGGCUUGAAACAGCUGAGGCAGUAACGCAGGAUCGCAGGGUUGGAAAGGCGGCAAAGCGACCCAUCCUGACCGACUGGACCCAGAGCGAGAACGUCGUCCCAUACCCUGACAAGAAUACCAGGCACCAACUGGCAGUCGCCGCUGGGCUCUCGUUUCAACAGGUGCGUUUCAAAGCGGGACUCUUCAUCACAAACCAGAGAGACUGA